UCUCUUGUAAUGUACUGUUGCAUUUUCUGAGAAAUACAAGUUGUCUUCUAUUUGAAGUUUCUUCUUUUUGAUCGUCUGCAUUUCUUCUUUCUGUAAUAUUGGUCUUAGUGUUAAUAUGGUAUCUCAGAGCCGCUUUGCUUGCGUGAUGGGUUCUUGGUGAAUAUUUUUUUUUCCGCUAUGGUGUUCUUCGAGGUUUGGUGGUCUCUCUCCUCGACUUCAGUCAUCUGGACAAGGAAACAUGGGUGAUACUUUACAAAGGAAAGAGUAGCCAAAAUGAGUUGUUGAGGAUUCCUGUACAUGUGUUUCCAACUUUACUUCCUCAAGGUGAUUCUACUGCUGCUGCAUUCUUGGGAAAAGCUGUCAAGACUUCUUUAUGGCGUCACAGGUUUGGCCAUCCUUCAAAUGAGAUUUUGGAAGCUAUGCUCGGGGAUUCUAAUGUGUCCGUCUCUAGUGAUGUAAAUGUUCAUGUCUGUUCACACUGUCUUAGUGGCAAAAUGAGUAAAUUGCCCUUUUCAGGGAAGUUAGAUAGGGUUGAUAUUCAUUUUCAUAAAAUCCAUACUGAUGUGUGGGGUCCUUCACCAGUUGUAUCAGUUGAGGGAUUCAGAUGUUAUGUGUCUUUUGUUGAUGAAGCAACAAGAUUUGUAGAGGUAUUUCCUUUAAUGAAUAACUCUGAAGUUUUUGGUACUUUUGUAAGAUUCUGUGCUUAUGUGGACAAUCAGUUUAAUACAAAGAUAAAGGUAUUACAAUCUGAUGGUGAUGGUGAAUUCUUAAGUAAUACUUUCAAGGAUUAUCUUGCUACUUAUGGGAUAUUGCAUUUUAUACCUGGUUCUUAUACACCUCAACAAAAUGGCUUGGUGGAAAGGAAACACAGGCAUAUUGUUGAAAAUGCUAUCACUAUGUUGAAUGUUGCAAAGCUUCCUCUUAAAUGUUGGUACCAUGCAGUUUGGAAAACUAAAAAUUUGAAAAUGCAAUCAGAGUUUGGAAAACUGUUUGAUAAGAAACCUGUUGUGGUUAAUCUGAUGGUUUCACCUACAAAUCAAGAUGCAUCCUUGUCUAGGAAUUUAGUUUCAUCUGCAUCACCUACUAGCAUUUAUUCCCGAGACUCUAAUGUGCCAAAUCAUGCACACGAUCCUAAUCUAGAUGAUGUUGCUUCCAGUUCUAAAGGUACUCUUUCCAAUCCCUAUGUGUUGCCUGUCCUUUCUUUAAGACAAUUGGAAGCUGUUUUGCCAUUUACUACAUCUUCAGUAUCCACUGCUUCAGUACAAGCAGAUGUUCUUCAGGGUAUUCAAACAGGGCUUAAAAUUGGAACCAUCACUAGAAAGGCUUACACUGCACUUGCAACAAUUCUUCUAAACCCUCUAACUUCAGGGUUGCUUCUCAAAUUCCUUAUUGGCAACAAACCAUGCAAAAGGAGUAUGAUGCUUUGCAAGCUCAAAAUGACCAAGAUUCCUUUUAGCCAAGCCCUUAAUAUCAAGCUCAAGUCAAUUAAGGAUACCAGGGUGGAGACCAAUGCACAUGACGAAUAA